GGAUUUAGGUGCAGAGCAUUAUGGGAACUGCGAAGAUUCAUGGGACUUUGGUUCUUGAGAGGAAGAACGGCCUGGGAAAGUAAACUUCUGAACUCUAAAAGAGAAAGGUUUCUGGUUCUUUUGAUCCCGUGUAACCUUGCAGCUGUGAAAUCUCCCAUUCCUGUGCGAUAAGAAAUUAGGGAGGAAACUGCCCGGUGCGCUCUGAGAACUGAAGGCGUUAAUUGCCCUGUAGGUUGAUUAAUGGGUAAACACAAGACAUCUGUGUAGCCUCUAUUUGAUUGACAAGACUAACGGUUGUGGGUUCUUUGAUUGGAUUAUUCAAACCUCAACUCUAACGUAGAUUGGAUAAUGAGCCAUAAGCCCACGUGGAACACCUCAAGGGUUGUGGGGAUUUAAGUCUGUUAGAGAUGAGGGUCGUCGUCUUUUGUCCUCUUUUGUCUUGCAAAAUGACCCAGCAAGGUACUGCUGUCCUGCUCAUCUUCAAAGAGCCUGAGAAAGACUGAGGUCUGCGUGGCUCUUGACUGCAAUUUGCCGGAUGGAGAGAUGCAGUCUUGGAUCAACCUUAUUCUAAGUUUGUACUUGUAAGUUAGCUAUGCUUUCUUGUUUUAUCUUUGUAUUCCCUUUGUUUUGAGAACUGUUGCAUGUUACUUUGUUAUGCUAUUUUAUAAUAAAUAGUUAAAAGAGAUUUCUUGUGGAUUUUGGUCCUUCCUGGUCGCACUGCUAAACCCAGUCCUAGGCUGCUUUGCCCCUACCAGGCAGAACGUGUAUACUUUGUCCCGGUGGUCUUUAAGUGGACCCCCCGGGUGGUGGCAGCGAUACCGGUUAAAGAAGUGUUUAAAAUCCCUGUUCUAGCCAUAGAGGUAUAGCCAGACCCUUCCCCGGGUAGAGCAAGCAGCCCCAGUAGCCUCCGGAGGGAGAGCUGGUGGUGCUAUAGGGGAAGAGGUUGAGGGUACUGAAAGGCAGAAACAUGACAUGGUGGCAGCGGUGUGGGAUGCGACUUUGUGACCAGAAAGUGGACAAAAUCCUUUGGUUAUAAUCCAGUUCUCAAAAAAGGGGUACAAGCGUUUUUAUUUUGCUAGUGAGUCAGGACAAUGGCAGCAGGCUUGCCUAGUGAGAUCUUACAAGCUUCGGAGGAGUGGCAGCAGGAACGCAGCACCCACCCUUCGUAUCGUUUUGCGGAACCAGAUGAUCGGUCUAUGCCAAGGCAACCGGUUCCAGGAGUGUAUUCUCCUUUAAGAGGGGCUGAGGAGUUAGCCAGAGAAGCCGAGAGGGAGCACGCGGAAGCGUUCAGGAGCCCUCGGUCUGCACAUCAAAGGUGGACACAGCAGCUGGAGGAGGCGGGGCUGGGAAGCCAGGAUAGGCUAAGUGUGCGCGCCUCACCGACAGCGGAGAGAGAAACGUCACCUUUGCAGCGGCAGCGGGAGGUGGAACAAGUACCAGUUGCACCGUACCCUAGACCAGUUGCCGGAGAGGUUGUGGUGAGAUCCCGGGAGAUGACUUCCCCACCCCCACGCAGAGUAGAAUGGGCCCGUGAGGACGUCCAGGGGGAUCCAUACGCACAACAAAGACCAGAGCAGAUGGGUCAGCGCACGAGCGGGAUGCCGGCGGCCAGCCCUGAGAGAUGUGGAUAUCAGGAACUGAGGACUCGGCUCCGGGAAGAUUAUCCAUACGCCGAAAGAGAAGAUCCAGAGUUUGAGGCGCAAGGCGUUUCUGAGAGCCGGAGGGCAUAUGUGGCGGAAAGUGAGUAUCAAACUUUGCCUAAGAGAUUUAUGGAAGGUGUGAGACUGAGGGAAAGACACUAUGCGGGUGGGGAAACUAGAGCAGCCAGUCCCCAAGGGGUUAAACCUUUGGAAGAUUCUUGGGAACUGCGGAGGCGGCCCCCCCCCUGCAUAUGAAAGAGAGAGGAUGCCCCGGGCUGAAGCUUUACGAUUUGCCCAAGCAGAACUUCAGCGCAGACAAGCAAGAGGCCCCAGCUCUCUUCCUGCUCUAGAGUAUUACGGUGAUUGGCAAAGAGCUGCAGUGCCUAGACAGAGGGAACUGAGUCUCCAGGACAUUAAUCUCAAAUAUUUCCCGACUCACGACCCAAAUAUGGAUGUCCUAUCCUAUUUAACCCUGUUUGAGACCACGUGUGAGGAAAUGGCAGUUCCAUAUCGGUACUAUAUGCCGAUCCUCAGGUCCCUUGUGAAAGGACCUCUUCAAGAGCUGAUGGGGACGCUCUCACGAGAGCAGAUGUUUAGUUAUGAAACAUAUAAGCAAUUGGUCGAACAAAGGUUUUCGUUGGACUCUCAGCAUUAUCAGCAGGCGUUUAGGAAGGCUGUUAAAGUGCCGCCGCAGGAGAAAUUCCAGUUAUUCGCUGCGAAAUUAGAACAAAACUUUGGGCUGUGGUUAGCGGCUGAGAAAGUGCAGACUUUUGAACAACUGAGACAACUGGUGCUUUUAGAACAAUUCCAGAGAAGUUUGCCAUCUGAGAUUGCAAGUUUGGUUGCGGAUAGGCACCCUCAAAACCUGCAGGAAUCGGCUAGAUUGGCGGAGGAAUUCCGUUCUCAUCGGGCGCACAUGGCUCAGAAGCCGCCGAUGGGAGGGGGCGGGACCCGGACGGGCUCACCCGGGCCAGCUAGCUCAGGCAUGGCUCUUAAAGCUACAGCGCAACUAAAGCCUGCCGAUUCUAAACCUGCAUUUGGAAAAAGGGGAGCAUCUCCAGGCAGAGGGAAGGAGAAGGUGGCCCCCUCUUCGGGUCUGUGCUUCCUCUGUCACGGAAAAGGUCACAUCAAAGCCCAGUGUCCGUUGCAGUCAGCUAGACGGUCCCCAAUUGCUACGUCAACCCCAGCGGUGCGCCAAAUCGCGCAGCCGGGAGAGGAUUGGGAUGAGGAGAUCCGGCGUGCAGGAAUCCAGGAAAGAGCGGAGGAGCGUGGCCCUGAGCUGGGAAGGGGGAGAGGGAUGGAACGGCCCCAGGGAGCAGCCCCAACACCCCCGCCGGCGGCAGCGGCCCCUCAAGCAGCGAGAUCCAGUGGAUCCCCAGCGCCAAGUCCACCUGAGACUUCAGCUGAAUGGGCUAAGAAGCAUUUCAUGGCUCCCAUCCGGAUAAAUAAUAUCAGAGUUAGUUCCUAUCGGGACACAGGUGCGGAUGUUACCAGCGUAUCUAAAGGCUUAGUACGCCCAGGGCAGGUGCAGCCCCAGCCUUUGAAAAUCACUCCGUUUGGGACUGAGUCUAUCUACCGCCCAACGGCUAUUGUUGAAGUGGAGUACCAAGGCUACUCAGGAAAUCAGCUAGUCAUUCUACAUGAGCCUCAGGAUUGCCAUGUUGCAGCCCUGGUGGGCAAUGAUCUUGCCUUCCUGGCUCACAAGCAUCGACAGUUUUCCAGCGACCCUGCAGCUGAUCCGCCCAUUGGAGCAACCUGGAAGGAGGAGGAGGAGGAGACACCUUCUCCAGUGGGGAUUUACGUGCCAAUGGAGGGCGGGGAUUGUUUUGCCAUGGGAAGCUUGGAAAAACCAAGCCUUGAGGGGGAAGAAGGGGGGCGGGAUAUUGUGCCUCUUUCUUCUGCAACAGCCGUUUCAGCACCAUCCAACGUGGAGAGGGGGAAUUCCCCCCUCCCUUGCUCCUCGGCUGAGGAGGAACUUGAGACUGCUGAAUUAGGAGACACAGCACGCCUGGUGAAGGAGCAGCAAGAAGACCCUACACUGCAGUCGUGCCGGGAAGCGGCCGGCGUCACUCCCAGGGGGGAGCGGAGGGCCCGCUUCCUCUACAAAGAAGGACUUUUGUUUAGGCAGUAUUGGCCUAAAAGGGUUACAGAUCGGGACUCUAUUUUGCAGCUUGUGGUUCCUGGAAUCAGGAGGGAAAAGGUUUUGAGUAUGGCACACUCAGGAGGGCUUUCUGGGCAUUUAGGGGUGCAAAAGUCUUUGGAACGCCUUACCCGAUAUUUUUACUGGCCCCAAGUGUACCAGAGUGUCCAACAGUAUGUACGCUGUUGUGAUGUAUGCCAAAGGGUGGGGCACAAUCGGGACAGCCCCCCUCACACCCUUCAAAGUAUUCCCUUAACAGCGGGAGUCUUUGCUAAAUGGGCUAUAGAUUUUGUAGGUCCUUUGCCUCGGACCCCCAGGGGGAAAAAAUAUAUAGCCACGAUUGUUGAUUAUGCGACUAGAUAUUGUUUUGCUGCCAGUCUUACUAAUACCAGAGCCCCAGGUCUAGUACAAUUUCUGUUCACUGCCUUUUGUUCCAUGGGGAUUCCCCAGGUUUUGAUGAGUGAUUUGGGACCCAAUCUUUUGUCUGAUGUGGUUCAACAGGUUCUGAAACUAAUGGAAAUACAUCACCACACUUCAGUGGCGUAUGAACAUCGUAUGAAUGGAUUAGUGGAGCGGGUGCAGUCCACCCUGACUUCUAUGUUAAAGAAAUGUGCAUUGAUCCAUGCGUCUAGCUGGGAUCAGGACUUGCCCCUGGUGGUAGCUACGUAUAAUGAUUCCUACCAAGCAAGUCUGGGGUAUGCUCCUAAUCAAUUGGUUUAUGGGAGAUUGCUGAACAGCCCUCUGUCCAUGCUUAGAAAGCAGUGGGACCAGAGUGAGGAUAGCCUCCAAUUACCCUCUGUGGCUGAACAUUUUCAGGCUUUGACCCAGACGUUGGCUGAGAUUUGGGAUCAAGCUAAAGCCAACCUGGAAGAAGCACGUAAAGAGUAUACCCGCACACAUGAUGUGAAAGCUGUGGAAAAAUGUUUUGAGGUGGGAGAUAAGGUUCUGGUACUGAGACCCACACGUCCACAUAAGUUGUCGCCUAAGUGGAGUGGUCCAGGUGUGGUUAAAGAGAGGCUUAGCUCUGUAAGGUAUGUGGUAGAAUGUCCAGAGCUACAUCCAUCUCCUCGACAAUAUCAUGCCAACUCCAUGAAAUUGUAUUGUGAACCUGACUCCAAGAGGGUCUUGGCUAUUGCUGGAGGGCAUGGAGGGGAGUCUCACUUGCCUUUAGACCUGCUGCAGGAGUUUAAGCAGGCUGGCUCCCUUGAGGAUAUUUUAAGAUCCCAUACACUGAACGCCCAACAGGCUCAGGAACUAUAUGAAGUUUUGUUGCCCUUUGAGUCCGUUUUCAGUACAAAACCAGGUCGGACUCAUUUGGCCCAACAUCAUUUUGAAACUGGUACUGCUGCUCCCAUUGCCUCACGACCAUAUCGUGUGAGUGAAGCCCAUGCUCAGUGCAUUGAGGCAGAGAUCAAGGCGGAGUUUCAAGUGCAGACUGAUCACUCGCCUUUAUGUUGGCUAUCACGCAUGAAAAACUCCAAUCAGAAACUGUUACGGUGGAGUCUGGCUUUGCAGGAUUACAAUUUUACUGUGGUUCAUAUCCCUGGAAAGCAGAAUGUUGUGGCGGAUGCCCUGAGUCGCUUGUAUCAGUCUGUUGAGUAACUGUUAUGUUUAUUAUGAUUCUCACAGGCUGGGUGUCCUACCUUACAGGGGUGUGCGGAAAUGUGGGACGCCUUGACCCCAAAUUUCCGUUAGGGAAGGGGGUGUCAUGGAUUUAGGUGCAGAGCAUUAUGGGAACUGCGAAGAUUCAUGGGACUUUGGUUCUUGAGAGGAAGAACGGCCUGGGAAAGUAAACUUCUGAACUCUAAAAGAGAAAGGUUUCUGGUUCUUUUGAUCCCGUGUAACCUUGCAGCUGUGAAAUCUCCCAUUCCUGUGCGAUAAGAAAUUAGGGAGGAAACUGCCCGGUGCGCUCUGAGAACUGAAGGCGUUAAUUGCCCUGUAGGUUGAUUAAUGGGUAAACACAAGACAUCUGUGUAGCCUCUAUUUGAUUGACAAGACUAACGGUUGUGGGUUCUUUGAUUGGAUUAUUCAAACCUCAACUCUAACGUAGAUUGGAUAAUGAGCCAUAAGCCCACGUGGAACACCUCAAGGGUUGUGGGGAUUUAAGUCUGUUAGAGAUGAGGGUCGUCGUCUUUUGUCCUCUUUUGUCUUGCAAAAUGACCCAGCAAGGUACUGCUGUCCUGCUCAUCUUCAAAGAGCCUGAGAAAGACUGAGGUCUGCGUGGCUCUUGACUGCAAUUUGCCGGAUGGAGAGAUGCAGUCUUGGAUCAACCUUAUUCUAAGUUUGUACUU